AGACAUUAGAGCACGACUCAAGAAGAUGCCUGAUUCAGAGGACAGUAACUCAGGGCCACAGCCUCCUGAGCGUCGCGCAUCGAUUGCGGACACGCACGAGUCGGUCUCGCGUGAAAAUUCCCUAUCUUUUGACAAGCCGCUCCCCACAACUCCCCAGACGCAGCGAAAGAAGAAAGCUAAGGACAUACUGGGACGAAAAUCUUCCUUCAAGUCGGUGAAGAAAAUAUCCACGCCUACGAACGUGAAACAUGUCGUGCACGUUGUCAACGAUCCCAUCACAGGCAAAUUGUAUGGCCUACCGAAGGAAUGGCAACAGCGGCUAGACCUGGCGAAUAUUUCCGAGGAGGAGCAAAGCAAGAACCCCGACGCUGUAGUCACUGCCCUGCAAGUUGUCUUUGAAGAAAAAACCGAGAAGUUCAUCACUGGCGUCGAGGAAGGAGAUUACGAUGACUUGCCAGACGGACCUCCAAGGCCUGUUGACGAUGUCUAUGGCUCCAUGGAGCUGCCACCUCCAUUACCCACGAAAUUGUCCAGAAAAGAACCCACCGACUCCUUUGAAGACUACGCUUCGCCGCGUGGGGGCUUGUGUGACAUCAGAGAGUCUAGGGAGGUGUCCACCUUCCAACGCGAUGACGAGGCAGAUGCACCAGCGAUUCCUGCGAGACCUGAGAGGACCAUGUCAGUUUACACGCGUCCAGUCGAGAACCAGACCGACGGAAGCCCGAAAGUCGGCCCCGCGCCGGCGCCGAAGCCCGGCGGUAACGCGACUAAGAAGAUCGACAAGCAAGAGGUGAUGAACAAACUACGUACAGUUGUCGACUUCGGAGACCCAAAGAAGAAAUACGAUCUAAGGCAGCAGAUCGGACAGGGAGCAUCAGGCCAGGUGCACCUAGCAACAGAUCGCUCGACAGGCGAGACGGUGGCCAUUAAGAUGAUGAUAAUUGAUGCCCAGCCGCGACCUGAACUCAUCCUUACAGAGAUAAACGUCAUGAAGAGAACACGUCACCCUAACAUCGUCAACUACAUCGGCUCCUACCUCGUCGAUAAUGCUACGUCGCUCUGGUUCUUCUAUGGAUGUCAUCAGGACAACAUUUCAUCAUCACUGGUUCAGCCAUCAACAUAA